AUGUCUGUCGAAACGCAUGAUUAUGCCGGUGAACUCAUCGUACCUUCGAACCCAACGCUCGGGGACACCAGCGACGAGGUAGCAACAGGGAGCAACAAGCGUCGCGAAGAUCAAGCUGAAAUCCAACAUGGCAGGGAAAGUGUCAUAAAACGAUUUCGCAAAAGCUCUGUUGAGAAGGACGCGUUGGGGGCCGGCAGAGGAAAGAGGAGAUUAGCGGGAAAGCUCAGUUUUUUGCCGAACAUGGCGCUGGACAUCCUCUAUGACAUCUUCUCUCAUCUCACACCUGGAGACCUCGUCAAUGUCUCGCGCGUAUCCAAGGCGUUCCGUGAAGUCUUAUUAGUAAAGAGCUCUAUGUCUGUCUGGAAGACUUCUUUCAACAACGUACCCGGUUUGCCUCCCUGUCCUGAAGACGUUUGUCCUCCAAGUUGGGCUAAUCUCGUAUUCGGUGGCGUAACCUGUCAUUCAUGUGGCGAGAAACAUGUGAGGAAGGUCGACUUCCGCCUCCGUCGGAGAGUAUGUCCAGACUGCCAGAAGAAACAUCUUCUCACCGAGAGUCUAUUCCGCCAAUUCGUGCCCAGCGUCCCUGAUGACUUACUGAAUUGUAUCCCCAAUGUUCUAAGAUAUUUUCGGGGAUCUCGUGGUUUGCGAAGGGCAUGGUGGGACGACGAUGUCGCUGCCCUCGAGGGCGAAGUGCAGCGCUUAUAUCGGUCUGUCGAGCCGACUGACCUAGAAGCGGCUUUGGAGGUUUUCAAAAGGAACAAGGAGGCCUUGAUGCAAAGAAUGGAGGCUGCUGCUGCCGCUUGGUAUACGUGGGUUCAAACGAAUACCGAUGAAAGAUCUCGAAUACGUGAGGGUAAGAAGGAGAUACGGCGGACAGAGGUGCUCAACCGCUGCCUAGCUCUGGGAUACGAGAAAGCAGACUGUCGCAAGAUAUUGAAACACAAAUCGGUCAACAACGAAUCCCAGUUCUCUGAAAGAGCAUGGGAGAAGACUCUCUCCACUAUACACCCUAUUCUUGAAGAACGCAAGGCGUCCAGACUCAUUUCGGAGAGGACGCGGCGUAAGAAGGCCCGUCUCCAGGUCAUCCGAGAGGAAUAUGUAGGUUUGCUCAAGAUCAUGCUGCCUGGCCCUGAUGAGGAGGUAACUCCCGAGUUUCGUCCCUCUGUGCAGCACGUAUUGGACAGUCUUCAACCCGAACUCUGGACUUUGUCAACACAGCGGUUAAAUGCCGUUGUUUCUCUAGUUCCAACCUUCUCCGACCAACCCAAAUGUGCAUCGUUGUCGCAGAGGCGCACGCCUAUUCAGCUAGGCUUGACUGCCCUAGGCCACAUAUGUCCGGACUCUGUACGUUAUCCAGAAGGCGAAUUUUCCGGUACAUGUCUGCCCACCUUCAGUCCAAAGGGAAGAGAGAUUGUCGUGAUGAUCUUGCGCGAUCUCGCGCUCGAUGAGACCCACACGACUAUCGCUGAUCUCGAUCAACUCGACCAUCGCUUCGUCUGCCUUUCGUGCCCUGUUGAAUGGGGAAAUGUGCAUAGGAGAAGGAAGAGGGACAAGAGUGGUAGAUAUGCCUUGACCUGGAGAUCCCUGGUCAGCCAUCUUUUGCAUGUGCAAACUGCCCCAUCGCAGGUCGAGUCGGAACCCCACGACUCCCAUCCUCGAUUCAAGAUUCUUUCCAGCUCCGAGGCUACGAUUGUACAACAAUGCGAACAGGAUAUCCUUCAGAACUUGAGGCUUCGGUCCUGGGGUUGCUGCCACUGCAAUAUCUCCCUCUGCGGACCCAGUGCUCCAAACUGGAUGACGAGCCAGGAAAUUAAAGAGCACUUGAAAGACACGCACAAAAUCAAUCAACCGUUGCCUCACCGUGACUACUUCAAUGACCCUAGUCAUUGCUAUCCGGAUGCUGCUGUCCAUAUUGCAAUGUCUCUCUAG